CCACGACAUACCCAUCGCAUCGCUAUAACCAACAGCAUUACGUCGUCCCAAUUGUGCAAAUUUGCAUAGGACAGACAAAAUGCCUCACCCAAAUACCAGCGGACCGCUCAACAAGCGUCAAAAAGUAGACGCUGUUGCUGGCAAGGCGAAGCCCAGCUCGAAUGCUUCGCGCAUCUUCGCGCCCUUCAGAACUGUCGGAUUAGUUUCUCCCACUAGCGUUCCCUUUACCUCUAUCCCGCUUGGCAAGACAACCUUCCAAAUCACCACAUCGGUUGGCAGAGCCCUCCAAACCUACGAUCUACGACGUGGUCUUAACCUUGUGUUUGUGACUCGACCUCGAACACCUGCCGACAUCACUGCUACAUAUGCAUGGAAGGAAAAGGUCUUCGCAGCAUGGGGCGGAUCCUCAAAAUACGAACCCCAAGGCCUGUGGGUAUUCCAGCGAGGCAAGGUUGUCGCCGAAAUUGAACUCCCUGCGGACAUGGACGAGCCAAUCCAGCAAAUAUUUGUCUUUGGAACGUGGAUUGUGGCUAGCAGUCUUACCAGAAUCGACAUCUUCAAGUCUGAGAGCCUCGAACACUACACGACAAUUCACACCAUGGCUGCCGCACAAGGCGGCAACCAGAUCACCGGCGGCGUUACCAGCAUGCCGACAUUCUUGAACAAGAUCUUUGUUGGUAGAAAGGACGGCUGGGUAGAAAUUUGGAACGUUAGCACUGGAAAGCUGAUUUAUACCAUUCUCCCUCCCGCGCCGGAUGCUGGCUCAGUUACUUGUCUCGAGCCAAGCACAGCCCUCUCCCUACUUGCCAUUGCCUACUCCAGCGGCACAUUACUCAUAUCGAAUGUUCUCACGGAUAAACCUGUUCUGCAACUCGAAGCGGCAAGCCCCGAAGCCCCCAUUACCUCGAUCACAUUCCGAAGUGACGGUAAGGGUGCAGGCACAGACGGUCGCAAGGACGGUGUCAUGGCCACUGCUACAAGCGCAACCGGCGAUGUCACAUUCUGGGACUUGAAUGAAGGCGGCAGAGUCAUGAGUGUUCUUCGAAGCGCCCACAACCCUCCCGGGCACAAUGGCUCCCAGGUCCGUGGUGGCAUCAGCAAAAUCGAAUUCCUUGCAGGACAACCUGUUAUCAUGACCAGCGGCCGUGAUAACUCGCUAAAAUCGUGGAUCUUCGAUGCUACACCAUUUGCGCCAACACCGAGAAUCCUCCAUGCCCGCAGUGGUCAUGCAGGACCUGUUAACUGCCUGCACUUCUUACCGUCCGAUUUUGACGGAGCGGAAGCAGGUAACAAAUGGUUGCUCAGCGGUGGACAAGAUCGCAGUCUUUGGGGUUGGAGUCUGCGUCGAGAUGGCCAGAGUUCAGAGCUAAGUCAAGGAAAUAUCCGGAAACUGGCGAAAAAGGUUGGAAUUUUAUCGUCAAACGCUUUGGUGCACGGAUCAACUACAACACUGGAAGAUUUGAAAGCCCCCGAAAUCACCUGCAUCGCAUCAUCACUAAACCGUGAUGGUGGAAUGGGUGCUAUACCUGGAAAACAGCCAAUCUGGCAAAAAGGAACGAUUCAGAAUAAGCGUGUCGAUGCCGAGAUUAGCGGCGCCACCGGCUGGGAGAGCGUUGUUACCGCACACAAAGGAGAUUCACACGCUCGCACAUGGUUUUGGGGACGAAGAAAGGCUGGUAGAUGGGCCUUCCGCACUGGAGAUGGAUCUAACGUCUCUACUGUGGCAAUGAGUCCCUGUGGUAGCUUUGCUGUGGUCGGUUCGGAAGAAGGUGGAAUUGAUAUGUACAACCUUCAGUCCGGCGUACACAGACAACGGUUCCCUUCCAAGCUUACCCCUGCCCAAGCCAGGCAGAUGAAGAUCCAACAGCUGCGACAAGCGGAUGAUGCCGCCUCGCAAGCAGAGAGAGGCCAAAAGUUUCUGGCUGGCGAGGGCAAACACACAAAGGCCAUCACUGGCAUUGUUGUGGAUUCAAUGAACAAGACUGUCGUCUCCUGCGCAAUGGACGGCAAGGUCAAGUUUUGGGACUUCUUAACGGGCAAGCUUCUACACCAAUUGGACUGGGCGCCGAUGACAUUCCCUAUUGCCUGCCGAUACCACGCUAUGAGCAAUCUCGUUGUGUUUGCCUGCGAUGACAUGUCCAUUCGUGUGGUGGAUAUGGAGACGAAGAAGACUAUUAGAGAAUUCUGGGGUCCUUCGGAUUCCAUCAACGAUCUUUGCUUCUCAAGUGACGGAAGAUGGAUCAUUGCAGCCUCGAACGAUUGCAUAAUCCGAAUUUGGGAUCUACCAACAAGCCACCUGAUUGAUGCCAUCAGACUGGAGAAGCCCUGCACAGCCAUUGCCAUGUCGAGUACCGGUGAAUAUUUGGCUGCUACUAUUGCUGGAGAACCUGGAGUUACGCUCUGGAGCAACAAGGCUCUCUUCAAACAUAUUUCCACCCGCCAAAUUUCAGAGAAGGAGCUUGCAACCAUUUCAAUGCCUUCCGUAUCCGGCGAGGGUAACCAAGGCAUGCUGGAGGGCGCAUUUGAAGAAGACGACGAUGUCAACGAUGCUGUUGUGGCUCCUACGCUGGACCAGCUUAGCUCAGACCUGAUGACCUUGAGUUUGGUACCAAAGAGCCGUUGGCAGACAUUGUUGCAUCUUGACAUGAUCAAAGAAAGAAACAAGCCGACAGAGGCUCCUAAAGCGCCCGAGAAGGCCCCCUUUUUUUUGCCGUCAACGACUGGUGCCCAGAACCCCUCAGCCGAGUUGGAAUCCAAACCCGCAGAUGACCUGGUAGAUAUGUCGAGGAUUUCCAAGCUUGAUAAAGCUCGGUUCGAGGAGCACUUUAGCGAGAAGCUACGCCUAGGUGUGGAGACUGGGGAUUAUGGAGCGUUUAUUGACCAUCUCAAAUCGCUCUCGCCUUCCAGUGCUGAUCUAGAGAUUCGAUCUUUGUCCGUUGGCAACGGAAGCGCGGAAGGUAAUGAGCUGCUUCACUUCAUCAAGGCUCUGACUAGCCGCCUUCAAGCUCGUAGAGAUUAUGAGCUUAACCAGGCCUGGAUGACUGUGUUUUUGCGCCUCCAUUUCGAUAUCAUAAUGGGCAACUCCGAUUUGCUCAAUGCGCUGCAAGAGUGGAAGGGCUACCAGGAGCAGGAGUGUAGCCGAUUGGAUAGCCUGGUUGGCUACUGUGGUGGUGUUGUGAGCUUCUUGCGUAACCCUCGAACGUAGAAGUCAUGGCAAUGUUAUUAUCUUAUACAGUAUUUUUCUACACAUCAAAAAGCGAGCUGAUAUUUUAUCACAUACUUUUCAUGGUUGUUUAAUCCCAUACCAGAGUGAAUAAGUAAAAGUUGCGCUGUAGACUUGGAGACGAGGAACAACUCCAAUCAAGUGUUUCUCAAUUUGGGAUAUUCUUUUUUUUUUCGCAU